ACUGUGAUCUUAUCUUGAGCGUUAGUUUUGUUUGUUGUGGAGAAAAGAGGAAGCUACAGGAUGGCUGAGCCUGCACCAUCAGAGAGAUCCUUGGAAACAGUAGCUUUGCUUGCCCCCGUUACUGCCGAGAGAAAACUGAAUACCCAUCUGAAUGAGCAAAUGCCAAAACCAUAUCUCGCAAGGGCUUUGGCAGCAGUUGAUCCAAAGUACAUAAAUGGAUCUCCUGACCACCAAGACAACAACAUGACUGUCCUUCAACAGCAUGUUGCUUUCUUUGAUAAGAACAAGGAUGGGAUUAUCUAUCCCAUUGAUACCUACAAAGGUUUCCAUGUAAUAGGAUUUAAUGUUUUUCUCGCAAUCUUUGCUACAAUAGUUAUCCAUGUAGCAUUUGGCUUUGCUACUCAACCUGGAUGGAUACCGUCACUACUGUUGCCAAUUUACGUAAGUCACAUUCACAAAGCAAAGCAUGGAAGUGACUCAGAGACUUAUGACACUGAAGGCAGAUUUGAUCCAGCCAAGUUUGAUGCUAUUUUUAGCAAAUAUGCCCGUAAACAUCCUGACAUGCUCUCCUUCUGCGAGAUGCAGUGCAUGCUUAAAGGAAAUAGAAAUUUGAAUGAUUUUUUUGGAUGGCUUGCAGCAGAGCUUGAAUGGGUGUUCAUCUAUAUUCUGAUAAGGAACAAGAAAGGCUAUAUUGAAAAAGAACAAGUGAGGGCAAUGUUUGAUGGCAGUUUGUUUGAAGUUCUAGAGAAAAAGAACACUAAAUCAAAGACAGGCUAAUAUAUGGAGAUUGAAGCUGGACUGAGAUUAUAGAUUAUAUUAAUGUAGUUAUCAUCUACAUUUGCUAGUUUAAUAAGCUGUCAGUCCUCAAAAACAUCUGAUUUCUUUAUACUGCCGAUAUAUAGAAAUAAUUGCAGAUAUGCAACAUUAACAUCUCUUCUCCAGAAAGUAGUCUCAUAAAAGUCAUAUUGUAAUCAAUCUAUUUUAUAUCCCCCAAGCAAUAAUAUUAUAUUUACAUUUUGAUGAUAUA